CACCGCUGUGUGGCUAUCUUUAAGGACAAGCAGAGUAAACCUACUGGUUUUGCACUGGGCAGCAUCGAGGGACGAGUUGCCAUUCAUUACAUAAACCCACCUAACCCAGCCAAGGACAAUUUCACCUUUAAGUGCCACAGGUCCAACGGAACCAAUACUGCCACACCCCAAGAUAUUUAUGCUGUGAACGCUAUCUCCUUUCACCCUGUCCAUGGCACUCUGGCGACUGUAGGCUCUGAUGGGCACUUUAGUUUCUGGGAUAAAGAUGCCCGCACUAAGCUGAAGACCUCUGAACAAUUAGAUCAACCAAUAACAGCUUGUUGCUUCAAUAACAAUGGGAACAUUUUUGCCUAUGCUUCCAGCUAUGACUGGUCUAAGGGACAUGAAUAUUACAAUCCCCAGAAAAAUAAUUACAUCUUCUUGAGGAAUGCAGCUGAGGAACUGAAGCCUCGGAACAAGAAAUGAUUUGUCAAGCUUCGCAUCACAUCUCGGAAGACCUGCGUUUGUGUGUAAAUAUGGGAGAGAGACCUCAAUUUGCUAACACCCGGACCAAUGGCAUGGCAAUGCAUAAUUUUUAUGGACCAAUCAGAAGGUGGUCAACUGCUCAUAAGCAAUGAUGUGAGCAGUGGCUUUUGAUAUGAGUAAGGAAGCCAUGCUUCAGUAUUUCUGGUGUAACUGGUGUACCUUUUUCUUUCUUCUUGAAGUUCAUUGUUACUUGCAGCUCUUUUGUUUCUUGAUACUGCCUUACAAAGGAAAUGCAUUUUCACCUUUACUUUUCUUUAUGCUUGGUGUAUAAUCAAAUUGUGUAACCAAUAAUAAAUCUGUCUCAAGCUUUCUCUGCAUUUUGACAUUGCGCUUGU